UAAACUUCUUCGAGGUAGGCCAUGAACCUACUCGGAAACAAUGAUGGAGGAAUCGAACGCGAAUGGAAGACUUUUCGAGCAGAAUAUCCGUUAAGCUGUUGCAAGAGAUUCGUAGUUUUUGGCGCUGUUACUAAUCAUCAAUUUUUGACUGAGAACAUUUAUUACGUUUUAGUAAUUUUGCUCGUGAGUUCAGGAGGCUAAUAAGCGGCGUAUUCAAACGAAUGCACCAAUACUCCUGUUUUAUUUCGCGUAGUGGGCGAGUCGAAAUUUUGACGUUCGUGAAUCCGUGAUUUCUCUUCGAUUUUUGGAUAGCAGAUAUACUGAAAUGGCCGGUCCAUGUAACUUUGUGUAUUAACUUACUAAUAAUGUAUUAUCAGAAAUAAAUAUUGAGAAGUGUGUGUUCUUUUUAAUAUGCUGUCGCUUUGAAGUUCUUCAAUCUUAGGCCAUGCCUUGAAUGGUUUUUUUAUUGCACGUAUGCGGAUCGAAUAUAUGUAAUAUAAGUGCGGGCAUCCCCUAGAAAUGGAGACUGAGGAACGGCAGGAAUUGCCUCCACCCCAAUCAGUUUUAAAACAGGAGGUUGAUGAAAUUGCAGUUGAAAACACUGAGCAACAUGUGGAGAGACCGGACAACGAAGUGAGUGAAGAUGCUGCCCCAAGCCCAACAACAGGGGAUGAACCACCAAACAGUCCAUGGAACUGUGUUAAAUGUAUAUUUUGCCAGCAUACAGUUACUGCUGGAGAUAGUCCAAAACUUUUAGAGUGUCUACAUACAGCUUGUACUUCAUGUGUGUCUUCUAAAUUAACUGAACAAAAUCAACUAGAUGGGGAGGUUGUAGAAAACAACGUAAUUGUAUGUACAGUUUGCCGAGUACACUGUCGUGCCAAGAACAUAAUAGAAAAUCAGUUUCUUCUGGAAGCUGGUAGUGAGGCAGAGAGUGUACAAAAUGAAUCCAAAACGUGUGACUUAAAGUGUACAAGCUGUCAAGUUGAAAAUGCUCUUGCUACUAGUUGGUGCGUUGAUUGUGCAGAAUACAUUUGUGAUGGCUGUGUUCAGGCACAUCAGAGGCUUAAAAUUACAAAGGAACACACCAUAAAACCAAAGGAGGAAGCAGAGCAAGAAAACCAUGCUUCAGCAAGCAAUAGUUCGCCCAAGAAUCUGUAUUGCUCCGUUCAUCGGCAGGAGAGUCUUUCUCUGUUUUGUGAAACGUGUGACAAACUGACAUGUCGGGAUUGUCAGCUUACUGACCACCGUGACCAUAAGUACAAAUUUAUCCAUGAGAUAGCAGAGGAAACAAAGAAUAUGAUAAGUGGGCUUUUAUCUGAAGUCAGCUACAAAAGAGUUCUCCUCACAAGUGCCAUGAAAGUCAUCGAUGAUCGACAGUCUCUCAUUUUAGAAAAGAAGAAGACACUGGUGAAAGAAAUUACUGCCAUGGUUGUGAAGUUGACAAAUACAAUCAAUACCCGAGGAAAACAGCUGGUUCUGCAGCUCACUGAAGUCUGUGAUGCCAAACAGAGAACUCUUAAGGAUAAAAAAGUUGCUUUGGAACAAUUAUCCAAUCUCACUGAUCAUUGUAUUGAUUUUGUUAACAAUGCACUAAACAAAGGCAGUGACAUGGCUUUACUUUAUAGCAAAAGGACUGUUACCCAUCACCUUCAAAGGAUCAAGAGUAGAAGAGCUGAUAUUCCAAAUCCUGAAAUACCAGUCAGGAUUUCAGUAGCUAUGGACAAAUUAAAUGAUCUUGUUAAAGUCGUGUCAAAUAUUGGUGGCAUUGUUGUUGAUGGUCGCAUCUACACCUCUCCUGGUGCCGCCUUAGCCUCAGGCCAACUACCUCCACCAUACCCUUAUCGUCAACAGCAGCAGCAACAGCAACAACAGCAGCAGCAACCACAACAACAACAACAACAACAACAGCAGCAGCAACAGCACAGCUUCCACUCAUAUUCCCACCAUUCUGGGACCCAAGUUCCAAGCCUUCCACCUCAACAGGGACAAGCAGUUCAUCCCUUACAACAAAACAGAGUAUCACCACAUCUACACCAACAGCCAAACAGCCGUGUAUCUCCUCAUCAAGCUUCAGCUCACCAGCAGUCAACUCAUCAGUCACAACAGCAGCAUCAAUUGCCACCCCCUUCUGCCGUUUGCCUGGUCGGUGGCCAAGUAUCCCGUAACCUGAAUGUACUCCGACAUGGAGCUCCUGGUUCCAUACAGCAGCAACAGCCACAGCAGGUUCACCAAUUAGGCAUGCUGCAUCAUCAACAGGUGACUUCUUCCACUCAUCCACAAACCAUUGGAGCUGAUGGGAUGAACACAAACCUCCGUGGGCUUCUUUCUCAUCACAACCCACAUGGCAUGUACACUGCUGCAAGUGGUCAGGUCAUCCGAGUUAACCUUUCUGGUCAGCCCCAGCAGAUGAAUAACGUUGUGACAUAUCGAUCAGCACCAGGAGUGCAGCAGUAUCCUGUCAGCCUAGCUCCACCUACCAUGUCCCGCUACUCAAAUCCUCAUCCAAGCCAACACCCUGCACAACAUGCAAAUCAGCUUUCUGGAACUCCUCAUCAACAACAGCAAUUAUACCAACUCCAGCAACAGCAACAACAGCAGCAACAGUCAAGAAUAUCACCUCAUGCUGUGAUGUUCAACAAUCCUGGUAUGAGACCAGCCCUGCAUGCAAGGGUACAAAGUCCACAGAGUUCAAACCAGCAAUCCCAGCCUCUUGCACAACCCAUGCAUCAAGGGGGAGGUGUACAAUGGCAUAUCCCUCAACAGUCAGCUGGUAUGGUAAAUGGAACAGGCCUACCACCGAACUCUUCCUCACAACAUCAUAGUGCAUCCCGUCCCCCACCCCUACCCCUUCCUGUAGAUGAGUCCUUUAAGAUAACUCUUAAACAUGUACCACAGCAACAACAGCAGUUAAUGCAAAGGGCAGCACCAGCUCCUGCUCCUAGCAUGGUUGUAGAUGCUGGAAACAAAAUGCCCGGCGGUCAUGUUACCUCAUCUGUAUCGAAGACUCCAAGUCCAAGCCAGGCAAGAGUUGAGGACCCGGAAAAAAGUCUUGAUAAAUUUUGUCAGGAAUCUGUUAAUGAUCUGAUGGCAACCAUUGCAAAGCUGGAUCGUAACGGCAUUGAAGUAGUUCCAGAAGGCCAGAAAGUUAUGGGGGCUGGUGAUUCACCAUUGGUGGACAGUUCAACAGGACUUGAUGAGGGUGCUGGCCCUUCUCACAUGUCUCUGCCACCACCUGUUACGAUGCUCAUAGAUGAACAUGCUAAGAAUGGAGGGGACACGCAGAAAGAUGACCCUAAUGAGGACUGGUGUGCGGUGUGCAUGGAUGGGGGGGAGUUAGUGUGCUGUGACAAAUGUCCGAAAGUAUUCCAUACAUACUGCCACAUCCCAAAUCUCAAGGCCAUUCCAGAGGAAAGUGAAACGUGGCAGUGUCUGCUGUGUACCAACCUUAAGGAAAUAAUUGAUGCUCCUCCCAGCCCAGCGGCAGAACGGAGAGGUCAAGGUUUGAGCCACCGGGAUCAGAAGUUGGCAGAGAGAAUUGUCCUAGAAUUAUACUGCCAGUAUGAACCAAGUCUGCACUUCAGAGAGACUGUUGGACCGGAGGUGAAGGAAUACCAUGAGAAGAUAAAGAAGCCAAUGUCAUUGGACAAAAUCCGGCGGAAGCUGGAUGUUAAUGAUAUGUGUCAUUACAGCAACUUGCAGGAACUUGUUAGUGAUGUCCGUCUCAUUUUCAGGAAUGCAUACACUUUUAACCUGAAAGAGAGUCAGAUUUAUCAGGAUGCUAGAACACUUGAAGAAUUCUUUGAACAUCUGUUAGAGAAAUGGCUGCCAGGCUAUGCAUAUGACUCUGCAUUACCUUCAGACGAUGAAUCUGACUCACCUCCCCAGAAGAAGUUUCGUCGAAUUGUCUUGCCUGAAUGACGUGAAUUGUGUGCUCCCAGCGGCAGUGGUGUGGGAGCAUCACAGCAUAAUGAAAGCAUCAACAAUACUGAAACUCUUGGAGAGAAACAAAAAAGUGGGCAAUAAGCUAAGUAGGUAGAACCUUCAGUGAGUACGAGAGAACUCUUGGUGUAUAAGUAAAGAACGAAACUGAAAUCCCUUCAUAUCAUAGCAUACACAUACACGCAGACACAUUACUAGCAUGCUCUUUCUACAGAAAUCUCAUGAUAUAUUAAUGUGUUUGUGUCCCUGUUUGUCUUCCUCUGGCAGGCCCCUACAGUCUGAUGUAAUGUUAUUUUACAUAGAAUUUCAUAGACAUGUAAGAAAGAGACAUUAAUAUGUUAUGUUGUAUAGUACCUGUGUUUUGAGGCUUUUUACCAGGGCUGUUGAAAAUUGUUUGAUCUAGGACUCCAGCUGUGCUUUUUUAUAUUUUGGCCAGUACACACUUGUACAACCUAGCAGUAACUUAGUGAAGGAUGAGAAUGGUGA